AUAGGCGGGCAAUUUCCUUACUUACCCGGUGGACGAUUAUCAUAUUCCUGAUCCGCUUACUAGAAUAGACGACGAUGACACUCUCUCAGAAUCGAAUGUGUUGUGUUCUUUUCAACCAAAUACUGAUCUCAAUGAAAUUUUGUCUUCAGCUGCUACUGUAGAUAGUGCCUUUGAGACUAGAAACGCCGUUUCCCCCAUGGAAGAUGCUUCUACUGCUUUAUAUGGCAUACCUGUCUCAAACACAGUUACAAACAUCCCAACUACGAACGCCCUAGCGCUCUGCCCCGUCAAUAUGCGUGCAUGUGAUAAAGCUGACAAAGAAAUCUCUUCUUGUCCAAAGAGAAUGAAGCAACUUGUUGCAGUGGGUGGGGAUGUUGGGAGUCUCGCUUCGCUUCAGCUAUCCCUUGCAUCGUCUAAUUCAGUGAGCUCUAAUAGGAAACAAGCUGUGUCGCCUUUUUCAAGCGCUAUUCUUUCCGGAGGUGAGGACAUUGAUAUAGAUGAUGAUGCUAUCCAGUCGCAAUUGGAUGGAAUCCGGCGAAUCCUCCAAGGUGCCAGUGAUCUUAGCGUCGAAAACCCUCUCCUCUCUGAUCCAGAUUGUCCAGAUAUUGUUAUUGAUGAAGCUGGAAUAAAGGAACUUAAUUCCAAAAAGCGUGCUUACCUUUCGCCACCCUUCAGGCGAGGAAAUUUUACUGAGCAUCAA